AUUUUUUUUUCUUUAUCAUACCCUUAUUAUACAAUCGACAUGACAACAGAACCUAUUUGCAUUAAACAAGGUGCUGAAGCACGCGUAUAUGAACUAUCAACGUUUUUAACAAUAAAGGAAGGAUGUAUUGCCAAAGAACGAUUCAAGAAAACAUAUCGACAUCCUGAUCUAGAUCGACAAUUGACAGCACGACGAGUAACGCAAGAAGCCAGAUGUUUGUACCGGUGCAACAAAGCAGGCAUGGAUACACCUGCUGUUUAUUUAGUGGAUAUACAAAAGGCAACCAUUUACAUGGAAAAAAUUGUAGGCACAACCUUUAAACGAUUACUAUUGGACAAUCAACACAAUCAGUAUUCUGAUUUAGAUCUCGCACCUAUUGCAGACAAAAUAGGAAAGGCAUUGGCGAAAAUGCAUAGUAUUGAUAUCAUUCAUGGCGAUCUCACCACAUCCAAUAUGAUGCUUCGAGAAAAUGGAUCUGUAGUAACGAUUGAUUUUGGUCUAAGUUAUGGUUCUAGUAUGCCUGAAGAUAAAGCAGUUGAUUUAUAUGUUUUGGAACGUGCCUUUUCAAGUACUCAUCCUUCCACAGAGCAAUUGUUUGCAAACAUCUUGGCAAGUUAUAUCAAGCAUUACAAGCAAUCUAAACCCAUUAUGUCUAAAUUAGAAGAAGUGAGAUUACGUGGUCGCAAGCGUACAAUGAUUGGAUAAAGAAACAUUCAAUUGCUUGAUUUAUCCUUAGUAUAGAUUGUUGUUAGUUUAGAUACAAAUAUGGCAUUCUUUUUUUUUGAUAAAGCUUCAUUUUGAUAUAUACUUUUUGAACGUAUACAUCCAAUAAAAAGAUAUAAAUGAUAUGCUUACAAAUUGAAGCGGACAUCCAAAAAAA